CCCGCCAGCAUGCCCGGCGUGGCCCGUCCGCCGCCGCCGCCGCUGCUCCUGCUGCUGCUGCUGCUGCUGCUCCCGCGCCCCGGCCGGCUGCUGGACUUGGCCGACUACACCUACGACCUGGGCGAGGAGGACGCCCCCGAGCCCCUCAACUACAAAGACCCCUGCAAGGCGGCUGCCUUUCUUGGGGACAUCGCCCUGGAUGAGGAGGACCUGAGGGCCUUUCAGGUGCAGCAGGCUACAGUUCUCAGACAACAAACAGCCAAAAGGUUGUCCAUCAAAGCUGCAGGAAACUCCUCAGCCCCCAGCGGCCAGAGGGACCCCCGGAGGAGAUGGAGAGGAAGGCCUCGCAGCCGGAGCCGGCGAGCAGCCACAUCCAGACCCGAGCGCGUGUGGCCGGAUGGCGUCAUCCCCUUUGUCAUUGGAGGAAACUUCACUGGCAGCCAGAGGGCAGUCUUCCGGCAGGCCAUGAGGCACUGGGAGAAGCAUACCUGUGUCACUUUCUUGGAGCGCACCGACGAGGACAGCUAUAUUGUAUUCACCUACCGACCCUGCGGGUGCUGCUCCUACGUGGGCCGACGCGGUGGGGGGCCCCAGGCCAUCUCCAUCGGCAAGAACUGUGAUAAGUUCGGCAUCGUGGUUCACGAGCUGGGCCACGUCAUCGGCUUCUGGCACGAGCACACCCGGCCCGAUCGGGAUCGCCAUGUCUCCAUUGUGCGGGAGAACAUCCAGCCAGGACAGGAGUAUAACUUCCUGAAGAUGGAGGUUCAGGAGGUGGAGUCGCUGGGAGAGACUUACGACUUCGACAGCAUUAUGCAUUAUGCCCGGAACACAUUCUCUAGGGGCAUCUUCCUGGACACCAUUGUCCCCAAGUAUGAGGUGAAUGGGGUGAAACCGUCCAUCGGCCAAAGGACUCGACUCAGCAAGGGGGACAUUGCCCAGGCCCGUAAACUCUACAAAUGCCCAGCCUGUGGAGAGACCCUCCAAGACAGCGCGGGCAAUUUCUCCUCCCCUGAGUACCCCAAUGGCUACUCUGCCCACAUGCAUUGUGUAUGGCGCAUCUCGGUCACUCCUGGGGAGAAGAUCAUCCUGAACUUCACAUCCAUGGACCUGUACCGCAGCCGCCUGUGCUGGUAUGACUACGUGGAGGUGCGCGAUGGCUUCUGGAGGAAGGCGCCCCUCCGAGGCCGGUUCUGUGGGGGCAAACUCCCUGAGCCCAUCGUCUCCACCGAGAGCCGCCUCUGGGUGGAAUUCCGCAGCAGCAGUAAUUGGGUUGGAAAGGGUUUCUUCGCUGCCUAUGAAGCCAUCUGCGGGGGAGAUGUGAAAAAGGAUAACGGCCAUAUCCAGUCACCCAAUUACCCAGACGACUACCGGCCCAGCAAAGUCUGUAUCUGGCGGAUCCAGGUGUCAGAGGGUUUCCACGUGGGCCUCACGUUCCAGUCCUUUGAGAUUGAGCGGCACGACAGCUGUGCCUACGACUACCUGGAGGUGCGAGACGGGCACAGUGAGAGCAGCGCCCUCAUAGGGCGUUACUGCGGGUACGAGAGACCUGACGACAUCAAGAGCACGUCCAGCCGCCUCUGGCUCAAGUUUGUCUCCGACGGAUCCAUUAACAAAGCUGGUUUCGCAGUCAACUUUUUCAAAGAGGUGGAUGAGUGCUCGAGACCCAACCGCGGGGGUUGUGAGCAGCGCUGCCUAAACACCCUGGGCAGCUACAAGUGCAGCUGUGACCCCGGGUACGAGCUGGCCCCAGACAAGCGGCGCUGUGAGGCUGCCUGUGGUGGAUUCCUCACCAAGCUCAAUGGCUCUAUCACCAGCCCGGGAUGGCCCAAGGAGUAUCCUCCUAACAAAAAUUGUAUCUGGCAACUGGUGGCCCCCACCCAGUAUCGCAUCUCCCUGCAAUUCGACUUCUUCGAGACAGAGGGCAAUGACGUGUGCAAGUACGACUUCGUGGAGGUGCGCAGCGGACUCACGGCGGACUCAAAGCUACAUGGCAAGUUCUGUGGCUCCGAGAAGCCUGAGGUCAUCACUUCCCAGUACAACAACAUGCGCGUGGAGUUCAAGUCUGACAACACCGUCUCCAAAAAGGGCUUCAAAGCCCACUUCUUCUCAGACAAGGACGAGUGCUCCAAGGACAACGGUGGCUGCCAGCAAGACUGCGCCAACACGUUCGGCAGCUACGUGUGCCAGUGCCGCAGCGGGUUUGUCCUCCAUGACAACAGACACGACUGCAAGGAAGCCGGCUGUGACCACAAGGUGACAUCUACCAGCGGCACGAUCACUAGCCCCAACUGGCCUGACAAGUACCCCAGCAAGAAAGAGUGCACGUGGGCUAUCUCCAGCACCCCUGGUCACCGGGUCAAGCUGACCUUCACAGAGAUGGACAUCGAGUCUCAGCCUGAGUGUGCUUACGACCACCUAGAGGUGUUCGAUGGGCGUGAUGCCAAGGCGCCAGUCCUCGGCCGCUUCUGUGGCAGCAAGAAGCCCGAGCCCGUUCUGGCCACAGGCAACCGCCUGCUCCUGCGUUUCUACUCUGACAACUCGGUGCAGAGGAAAGGCUUCCAGGCCUCCCACUCCACAGAGUGUGGGGGCCAAGUGCGAGCAGACGUGAAGACCAAAGACCUGUACUCCCAUGCCCAGUUUGGGGACAAUAACUACCCUGGAGGUAUGGACUGCGAGUGGGUCAUCGUGGCUGAGGAGGGCUACGGCGUGGAGCUGGUGUUCCAGACCUUCGAGGUGGAGGAGGAGACGGACUGCGGCUAUGACUACAUGGAGCUGUUUGACGGCUAUGACCGCACAGCCCCCAGGCUGGGGCGCUACUGUGGCUCUGGGCCUCCUGAGGAGGUGUACUCGGCCGGAGACUCCGUCCUGGUGAAGUUCCACUCGGACGACACCGUCACCAAGAAAGGGUUUCACCUGCGGUACACAAGCACCAAGUUCCAGGACACACUCCACAGCAGGAAGUGACCGCUGCCCUCGCGCUGGGGCAGGAACUGGAGUCCUGCCUCUCUCGGUCACCUAGACGCGACAGUGGGGGUGGCAAGCAGAAGGUGACGCCCACCCUCCCUCACCCACUCCCAGGCACCAGGACCUGUAGCGCCAGUGGGCCAGGGGGAGACCACCGUCAGGAGCUGGGGCCAUUGAACUCUUCACCAGCCACCUCCCCACAGUCCCCCACCAGAGCAAGGGGCCAGGUCCAGGGAGCCAGAACUUUCACCAAGAAACACUUGAAGUAGCCGUUCUUCCUUGAGGCUCCCUCCUGGUGGCAAGAGGGUCUGUCCGCCUUGCCUUGUCUCUACACGCUGUAUUGUGUAUAGCGCGCGGGGGUGGGGGGGACCUAAUCUUCAUUGCAAUGUAUAUUUCCUGCCCCAUUCUCCAGCCUUGAUUUGGUUUUGUUUUGACCCCCACUCUCCCAUUUCCUGGGCCAUGAGGGUGCGUACUCAUAUGUCCCAUAGGAUCCGCAGUGGGGAGCUAGAGCGGAGGGGUGGAGGAACACGACCGGGCCUCCCUCAGGCCCACUCGCUGGUCAGCCGCAUCAGGGCACCCCAGCCAAUAAACUGAAAGUGUUACAGCCA